AUGAGUGCACUCGCCUUGUUUCUUCUCUUAUCCUCAAUUUUUCCUACUCUCGACUCAUGUCUUGUCACCCGCGAAUCUUUCAAAUGUAACUGCAUUAUGGAUAGAUUAGACAGAAGCAACAUUAAUGGUGUAUAUAAUCACAAAGACUACAAAUAUAUUAUAACACGGAAUCUUUUGAGACCGAAUGUAACGCAGAAAGGGUGUUGGACAACAGUCUUCUGUGAAAAGGGAUAUUCUCUCUAUAUUCUCGAUGGAACAGGAAUCGGUGGUGGUAAUUCUCAGCUUGGUGUUGACUUCGUGGCAUAUGCGUCAUGUGACAGAGAGAAGCUUAUCUGGUCCGUUCGAGAUGGUCGAUUCAUUCAUUAUUACACCUAUCUGAGACCCAUCUGUGUGGAUGUGACAACUGUGGAUCUAUGUACUCCCAAAACGAAUACCACAUUUCUCUUCGCGUAUUCGAAUGAUAUCAGCACUGAGAAAGUGAAAGAGUUCGCUGAAAGUUCUCUUGAAAAUUAUCGACAUGAAAAGUCUCCUCAUUUCACAACACUGGCCAAUGUUCGUUUGGAUGUUAAUCUAGGAGUAGAAGAAACAAUUAAAUAUCAUUCAGAUUUUGACGUAUGGAAAGCUUCGAUUUCUUCCAAUCUUCCGGAUCCAUUACUCGGCUAUUCAGACCCAGAUGUUGGAAGUGACGUCUUGACAUUCAUUUCUAAGUUUCUUAAUAACACGCAAGCCCCAAUCUGUGGAUCCAGAAUAUUCAUUCUACUGAAAAGGUCUCCGGAUGAAGAAGAUAUUUCUGCGUUGGUAGCAAUCAUUAAAAAAUAUCGUGUGGGUGUUUACACAGCAAUAUCAUCGAACUCCUCGGGAGGACAUCAUCCAGAAACAAUGGUACAACUGGCUGUACAGACUCAUGGACUCGCUUUCUAUCAUGAUGACAGGUCUACUAAAUUUACCGGUCAUAGUGUUACGUCUGGAUACUUGCGAGGUGGGGAAUCAGAAUACGUAUUGAUCAUGCGUUAUCUUUACAAUGCGACUACAAUGGAUACGAUGCAGAUAAGAAUUUACACUCUUGGGUAG